AUGACUAUAACAGCCAUUAUAUUCAUCGUCGCCGCCCUUAUACUGCUCGCGCAGGUUCCCGUCAUCGGAUUCUACAUUCGUGCCGUCUACUAUGGAUUGUGUCUGAUGAUUGGAGGAUUGGCCGGUGGAAUCGCUUCUAUUCCAUUUGGAAAAUCUACCAAUAACCACUUUCGUAUGUUCAAAAUCUUUCAAGCGAUGACAUGGCCGAUGGGCAUCAAGUUUGAGAUCCGAAACAGUGAAAUUCUGAACGAUGAGAAGCCAUACAUCAUCAUCGCCAAUCAUCAGAGUGCAUUGGACGUUCUUGGAAUGUCAUACGCUUGGCCAGUCAACUGCAUCGUCAUGCUGAAAUCAAGUCUGAGAUACUUUCCCGGCUUCAACCUGUGUGCUUAUCUCUGUGAAUCCGUCUACAUUAAUCGAUUCAGCAAGGAAAAGGCUCACAAGACUGUUGACAGCACACUCGCCGAGAUUGUUGAGAAGAAGAGAAAAGUGUGGAUCUACCCAGAGGGAACUCGUAACCCGGAAUCCACUCUGCUUCCAUUCAAAAAGGGUGCCUUCAUUCUUGCUAAACAAGCCAAGAUCCCAAUUGUCCCUUGCGUCUUCUCCACACACAAGUACUUCUACAAUCAGUCUGAGUUGAAACUGACUGGCGGACGAUGCAUCAUCGAUAUUCUCCCCGAAGUGGACAGCGCCAAAUUCGAAACCGUCGACGAGCUCUCCGCACACUGCCGUCAAAUCAUGCAGGCUCAUCGUGAAAAACUCGACAACGAGGCCGCUAACUUGAACCGUUAA